AUGACAGAUGCCAUGACCACAGAAUUGCAGCAGCCUUCAAGUGCUACCGCUCUGCCUACGGCUGUUGCCUCCACUGCCGCCCCUAGUUUAUAUGCAAGCAUCACCGAAGAGAUGACUACCAUGACCGAGGAAGCCAGCACCACCUGGCAACCAUCUGCUACCUCCGGCACUCCUGCCCUUCCUGAAUCGUCCGAUGCCAGCAGUACCGGCGCUGGUGCCGAUCUAGGUACAAUCUCCACUACUCCUCCAGGUAAUGUAUAA